AUGGAGCGUUGGCAACAACGUCGCUGCAAACAUGGCGCCUCCCUCGGAAUGUCAGCGUUGGGGAGGUGGCUAUCGUUCGCACUUUCUUAGGAUUUUACUCUUAUCUUCGGUUUUAUCCGCUGGACAUGCCUACUACCAGAGGCCUUCAGAGAGGUGCACGAUACCUCAGACGUUACAGGGCGAAUGGUACUCCAAGGAGCGCGGUGACGACACUUACACGACCAUCGACAACAACCGCAUGUCGAACCGGGGCGACUGCCUGCAUCUUGUCAACAGAAAUAAUGACAACUUUACCAUCAUAUUCGAAUACAGUGCCUGUUACUACUGCGUCCGCAUAUUUGUGCGGACCCUGAAUGUCUUGGAAAAGAUUGAGACUGGCUGCGUCAAUCUCAAUGAAGGUGAAGUACCUGACAUCAAGACUGUGUGCCGCUCUCUUGAUAUCAACCAGGAGAGGAUCACUCUUUUCUCAACCAACCCGACGGCAAAGAACUGUCGUUCGAGCUUGGAAGGCGUGUGGAAGUUUGCGUACCGAAACACGUACAAGUUCACGGGCGAGUGCAAACAUCCGGACGCCAACAUAACAGCCUGUCAGAUGCCGGGAACUCAGUUCUUCGUCGUCAACCAGCAGUUCACCAUCAACUACAAGCAGUGCGAGGGCAUGCAGGAGACCGAGGAGGGAGAGGUCCAGUACAAGUGCCUCGGCGACUGGUACAUUGGCAAGGACCGCUACUUUGCUGUCAUGAACACUCGCGAGAGUCGUAUCGAUGCGAAGUAUCGUUGCUUUCUGGCAAACAGAGACGACGACAUCUAUCUGGGUGUCUCCAUUGAACCCGAGUGUUCGUCGCUCAAAACGCCUCAGGAGUCACCCGAACGCUACCGCUUGGAACAAGUGAAAACCGAGAUUGUGCAGCCCAGCUGUACGCUGCCCGACAACUUCACCGGCACCUGGCUGAACACGGCCAACUUCGACUCACUGGUCGUCAUCAACAAGACGCACAUAGUCGAAACCUGGAAGCCCGACACCGGUCGAAUCCGGGAGCAGAUCUACGUGUGUGUUGAGGCACGUGAGAACAGAUACCUGAUGGCUCGACAUGGCAUCCAUGGCUGUCAGAGGGACUUUGUCUGCUUCAACUUUGUGCCACGUCAUCACAGUGUCAUUCGCUACAGGAAAGGCAAAGAGAUGAUCACUGAUGUGUUCUCGACUGUGUGCUCAUGGACAAUGUUCCCCGACAAGCAGCAGUGGCGUUACGAUAUUCUAAUCUCGAGAGAGCCCGUCUCCAUCAAGUGCCCGGUGGCAGGCAAGUUCCGGUUCGACCAAACGGGCGACAUACCCUUCGAGACGCGAAUCCGCGGAGGUGUCACGCAGAUUCCGCGGCCCAAUGUGUAUUGCAAGGAGAACAUCUCUGACUUCUCCGUGUGCGACAAGGAUCAGAAGAUCAUCCUUAUCGAUGCCAACUACUGCAUUUCUGUCGACUACUUCGGCCGGCCUGUGGACAUCUACAGUGAACCUGACUACGAGCUCAAGUGCAUUGCGUUCUGGAAAGAAAACUUACGGUCCUACCUCAUCACCUACAAUGAGGAAGAUGCUUACAGCAAAUUUCGGUGUUGGGUGUACCAACGAGCAGAUCUAAACCGUAUCCUCAUGUCCCAGUCGGUGGGAGCAUUUUGCCACGUCUUACAAGAUGUCACGUCCAACAACUACACCGAGGGUGCCGAAGUUGCCCUCGACAUGGUCGAGUACGAACGUGAACAUGACGACUGUCCGAUGUACUUUGACGACGGAUCCAAUCCAUACCAGCAGAUUGCCGAGCAGGCGGCAAUUCUGAUGGGCUCGGCAACUGGCCUCACCUGCCACCUGUCAUUCGUAAACCUUGUGCUUUUGGCAUGUCUGCGCUUCUUGUUGUGACUGCAGGGCAGUUGACGAGGCAAGUGUCAUAUGCUGUGGACCUGAAGAGGCUCAAGACUUAAAAGACUGUAAUACUUGUCUGCGCCGUGCAUCUUCUGUCCUGCGCGCAUGCGAAGUGUCCAAAACGCCCAUUACCGGUGCGCAAAGGUGGCCCCCUUGUGUUUGCAUUGAGACAACCCGUAUGUUGAAUUCCAGCCGAGUGUAUUACCCAGGAUGAUUUUGAGACGGUUGGUCCACAGGGCACCAAAGCAUACCGUACAUACUGUAUUAGCAUAGGUUGGCGCAAGGCUAAUUGAAGUUUGAAGCUAGCUGCAAAAUGAUUCUGCAUGUACUUUCCAGAUAUGUACAACACAUCCGUAAUCCGUGGAAGCUCAAAUAUUUUAUGUAUGUAUUGUCAAAACGCUUAAUAUAGGUAGAACUUGUGUAGAUGGGUGAGCCAAAUUCAAGUACUCACUCACAUUACGUAACAAGGAAGGGGAACUCAUAUCAGCAUCAGAAUCCUUUAAGAGCUGUCUCAUAGCACGAAGUGCACAAAAGACGUGCACACAGCAGUCUAGUGGGUACUUGUUGCCUUCUCUCUGUUUUUCAAGCUGGUAAAAGAAAGGAAGGCCAAUCUAAGGACUUCCAACUGCAUUUGCCUUUGAACCUACAGCUACGUAGCGAGUUGAAAUUAAUAGUGUCACUCAUUUUCCAGUUUUGGCUUAAUGCCAAACCUGAUAAUUUAGUAGUUGUAUAAAUCUCUUUCAGAUGUCGUGGCAGAUUAGCAGCUGGGACACUGUGGCACUGAGCAUAGAGUUGCAGGCUGAUACCUAGGAAUGGGCUGGAUAUCGCCUUUUUCGAUUAGAACAGAAUGUCAAAACAUUUCUGUGAGUGUGCUCCAUUGAGUCUCAGAAUAGUAUUGAACUCUCUAGUUGCUGGCUGUCACUUUGCUUUAUGAAAUCCUGCCGACCAAUCCGCCACUUUGUAGUCAAAAUAUCAUCACGUUCACUCCGAGGUUGUGUAAUGCCGAAACAAAGGUGCAGCAUCUCAAUAUGUACUGUGAGAAGUGGAAAGAACUAUGUUUCUCGCCCACAUUUCAGUUGUAGUAGUAUGUGCUUGCUAACAGGUGCCCUCUUUCUUUUUAUUACGCAUGGCGUACCAGAACAAUGUGUUAGCGUUGCAUGAUUAACGAAACAUUCCAAGUUGCCUGACAGGGCAGCAACAGACAGUGAAAUGCUUGUGGCUUUUUACACCACUGCCCAUGGUUCUUGUCGUGUGGCUAGACUUUUACUGUGCAGCUCUUUUUUGAGCCGUGUUUUUAUGUUAUUUCUUCAUUUUCUAUGUAACCUCAAAUGAAGUGACAUGUUGGAAGACUUGUUUUACAUUGUAGUACUACGUAAUAGCUGUUUGAUGUCACCACUUUAGGGCAGAAAGAAUCACGGCUGUGACACAGCGAUCCAUGUGGAGAUAGCUUAUGUUUCAGCAGCAGCAUAUUACAGGCAAGUGUUGCAUCAGACAUGAACGUACUGGUUGCAUUGUGUCUAUUCAUUUCAUUCCGCCCACCUAAACUCCUUUCUGCUCUGAUAUUAUGCAUUUGACAUCCUAAAUUAUAAAUUGUUUUAGAGGACAUGACUGUCAGAUUAUUCUAAGAGACGUCAUAAUAUGGUCAUGUGUGGCUGCAGUGUUGUACACUGUACAUAUCAAUUAGAAAUGAAACUGAUAACUCAGCUUGCUGUUGGAAUCAUGAUAAUUGUCUACGCAAGUUGUUGUUUGUUAUUACCUAGCUAUUUUCAUACCAUCCUCCCCCUGCUAGAUCUGAAAUACAUAUAACCCCAGAUGUUUUACUUUUAAUGCAUAUACAUAUGUACUUACACAUUUGUACAGUAUGCCUGUCUUGUGUAUAAGAUCUUCUGUUCAGCAUAUGUGAUGAAAGUGUUGUUUUAUCAAAAUGAUCUUUGUCUCUUAAGUGGAAUCUCAUACUAUUUACUUUCGUGCGUGUAUCUUCCAUGUACUGAAGCGAGCAAUAUUGUGUACGCUGUAUGAUACAGAAGCAUGCCUGGUGUUAUGAAUGAUGCGUGACGUCAUGUUUAAACUGCUUGUAACCAUGGAGUGAAACUUUGGUGAUGUUCACAUAAGCGAGAUGCUCCCACUAACAUUCCUCAAUUUCAGAAAGUGAAACCGGUAGAACCAAUGUUUUUACGACAUUGUUCAGGACUGCUAACGUCAAGUAGCAUGUUUUGGCCGCAAGUAAGGCAAUUGAUUUCCCAGUUAAACAACUUUUGUCUUCUCUUAGGGACUCAUUGGAGUCAUUGAAUAUGUGGCAGGUAGUGGUCAAAGUACGCUCAUUUAGAAGAAAUCAUGACUCUAGCAACUGUGUCACAUGGUGUUUUGCUUAUCUCUGUGUCAUGUGCCUGCUAAAACUAUCACCAAUUCAGCACUUUGAAUGGGUACAUUGAGUGGCUAAUUGUGAGCACUUAACUCAAGAAUCUUUGGAUUGGUAAUGUGUUCACCAGCUGUUGUGGUUGUUGCGGUUAUCAUUAUUUUAUGUAAACAUUAACAAAUUAUUUGAAGAGUGGCUGGCACAUUAUGGGAAUGUGGAACGAUGAAACUGGUAGUAAGGUGGAAUUAUUAGAGGGGAGUUCUGAAAACAUUAAUCUAUUUAGAGACAUACCCCACCGACCAUAAGAAAUACGCCCCCUCCUCUGGUCUCAACCUCAAUUUUGCACGAGCUAGCAUAAAUAUUAUUGUUUCAGUUGUACGACUAUUGCCCAAGCAAGAAUCAACAGUAACUGUCUCUGCAAGUGAUUCCCAGUAGCAGUUUGAAAGUUCUUCGUGGUAUGUAAAUUUUGUGUACAACCGUACAUACACAGCCCACAAGGAGUGUGGUAUGAAGCAGAGAGUUUUCUACAAUGGUUGUUUAGUCUUUGGAAAUGUCGUGGAGGAAUGGUACGUUGAGUUAAGCAGCAGUCUUGUAAAGUUGAGAACAAGCUUUAAAAAAUCCAUCCACUACCUCGGAUAAUGUAAUGCCGAUAAAGGUUUUGCAUAGUGAUCAUCGCUACAGUGUUUUUCACAAAGUUUAGGUAGGUUUAGUGGAAGCACCUCUGGCAUCGUGUUGUGAUGCCAACCAAGCAAUAUUCAGUUACGUAGCAUGUGAUGCUAGAGCAAGGCCCAGCUGUGGUUGUCCAGCACAGUACUAUUAUUAGUGCCUCGUGGCCUUGCGCACAACUUUCAUCCGUCCAUUUUUAACAUGUUUGCCAUCCCAGUGAUCCAGUCACAUUCCAUGAUCUAGCAGUGCGUUGCUGUUUUGUACAUGUUUUAACACUGCUGACCUGGUGUUUUUACGCUCUUUACAGUGAAUGGUUUUCAGUGUGCAGUUAAAUAAACAUUUAUUUUUAUCUGA